AUGAGUGUUCUGAACUCGUCCGAACAAUGCAUUGCGUAUGUCAAGAAAAGCAAACGGUAUCCCCGGAAGGUAUGUGCCCCGAAUCAAUUCUCCACGCCAGUCGCACGGGUCCAUAAGAAUGAAUGGGUUGCAGGGGCUACGCGGUUGGUCUUCAAAGCAAAUAAGAAGAUCAAAUUUGAGUUUAUAUCCGCCGAGAGCUCGAAUAAAACGGCCACGCGGUCGAAGAUCCGCUCUCAUGUCAUGAAACACGUCAGAGAUACCCAAGCACUCGAGCACGUUGCCUCUUCUCGGCGAAAGCAGCAAGCACCAUGGCGUCUCACUGAGUCAUCAUCGGGCUCUCGAUGGGCUCACCCACAUGGGAAUUCCCCUCUGAAAUCCUCUUCGGCGUGCACUAUAUGCGGCCUUCCCGUAAAUUGUGUCGAAGGAUCAACUCUCCUCUUCGAUUAUCUCGGAAAUGUGUACUCCUAUAUGCUCAACUUUUCGUGGCAGCGUGGUCAAAGUGUCAAAGUCAGCUGUAUACCAUACAUGGUCUCCGGUCCCGCCGUCUUGAAUGCAGUUCUGAGUGUAGUGGCCGUGAACAGAAUGCUUUUGAGCGGGUCAAGUCCGCAUCUCAUCACUGUCUAUUACCAUCACAAGAUUCAAGCUAUUCGUGUAAUCAGCAAAUCCUUGCAAGAUGCCGGAGAUCCUUCCAACAUCUCUGACGAUGCCCUGGUUGCUAUCGCCUGUCUAUCAAUUCUAGAGAACAGUGCCGGCUUUUUUGGCGUUGGGCGCAAACAUUUGGAGGCCUUCGACAGAAUAGCAGAAGGCCGUGGUGAUGCGUCACACCCAGGGACGAACAUCUUUAGGACUGGAUUGAUCAACCUAGCACGAUUCGCAGGCCAUGACUUCCCACUGACGCCCCGCGUUAUCUACGAACUUCCAAUGGGUGAUCUAUUGAGUCAAAUCCCUCAAGAUGCACAUUCUACCUUGAUGACAAUAUUCCACGAACUCAAAUGUCUAUCACUCGAGAUGGCGCCAAACUCCGAGGUCAUGCCCAAGUCCGAAUGGCUCCAAAGGCUCAAUGCGCUGGGACUAAGCAUGCACCGCACGAUGGCAGAUGGAUUUAUCGACACAGUCACGGACAGUAUGCCCGUGAGAGCAUACUCGGUCGUGGGCAAUAUUUUUCUCUGCCUCUUCCUCAGAGAGUUACCGCUGAGUAACCCCGUAUUUGACUACUUAUUGGACUGUCUGUCGCAUGCACUGAAUGAGGAAAAUAUGACUAUAGACGUCAGAUGGUAUCCAGAUCGCUUCUUGCUCUGGUUGUUAUUUGUUGGGGGUGCUGCUGCAGCCGGCCGUACCCGCCGGGGAUGGUUUAGAGGGCAGGUGCUCGCGGUUCAAGCUCGACUAAAAAUGGAGACUUGGACUGAUUCCCUUGCGGUAUUGCAGAUCUUCCCCUUCGUCGCUGGGUGUUAUGCCUCAUUCCAGGAAUUGUGGGAGGAGUCCAGGCAAGUCAUGUACAGUUGA